CCGCCAAAUUUGAAGAUUUUCGCGCUCAAACCUGUUUUGCAGCGGGCGACACCUCUCGUUGGGGCGACAGGCAGAGUUGUAUGAACUGACAAGAAGAAGACGACAACGACCACGGCGAAGCGGUGUGUGGUGAUGAUGGUCGCGGUCGUCGUGCUGGCAGUGGUGAUGUUGGCAGUGGUGGUGGCGCAACGUGGAGGUGUAGUUGCGACGGCUGCAAGUACGACUGCCACGGAGGCUGCAACCGUAGCAAACGAGAAAGAGAAUCGUGCGCACAGGAAUGCAUACCAUGGGCUGACCAAGGAAGAAGAGAAGUUGUUGAGGUUGCAUGGACUGCGACGCUCCUCGUCCACAGGCAUCCCCAUUGACACCAAUGGCUACCUUCUCUAUUGCCCUUGCAUGGGCCGCUUCGGCAACCAGGCCGCGCACCUCAUUGGCACGUUGUCAAAAGCAAAAGAGGUGAACAGGACACUCGUCGUGCCGCCAUUUAUCACUUACUCGCAGCGGCCCAUUGGCUUGAUCCCCUACACCAGCUACUUUGACCUGGCGAAACUGCAAGAGUUCCACCGCGUGCUGCCCAUGGAGACGUUCAUGCAACUGCUGGCGCCGGAGGUGUGGCCGCCGGCACGCCGCCACAUGUACUGCCCCCAGUUUCCAUCCGCACACGGCUCUGAUGCCCCCUCUGCAGUGGACUGCCGCACCAAGCAGGGUAACCCAUUUGGGCCCUUCUGGGAUGCGUUUGGUGUCGACUUCAUCUCCGAUCGAGCAGUUCCCCCGCACAGCGCAGACUGGGCAACAGCCCUGCCACCAAAGUCGCACCUGGUUGUGUCGCUGCGGGGUGCCCCUGCCCCCUUUCCCGAACGCCCCGAGCACAGAUACAUUGCGCAGUACAUUGAGUGGAAUGAAGAGGUGCAUGCGAGCGUGGAUGCGUGGAUGAUGCAGCACCUGCAGCGGCCCGUUGUUGCGGCCCAUCUGCGUGCUGGCGGUGACUGGCGUAACGCUUGCGCACGCGCGGCGGACACUAUGCAAGAGUUUAUGGCCAGCCCGCAAUGCCCACACACCGGACCCAUCACACAGGCCAUGUGCCUGCCGACUGCGGAAGAGGCUGCGGCCAAGAUUGCCGAAGAGGUGGUGAGGCAGGAUGCGCGCUCUGUCUUCAUUGCCACAGACAACUCUCAUUACACCAAGCGCGUCGCUGCUAUUGUCGAACACCUUGUCGAUGCGCGUGUGGUGACGGCAGCCAAAGGAUUCAUGCACGACCUUGCUGUCCUGACAAAGUCGGACUUCUUCAUCGGCAACUGCGUGAGCUCGUUUACCUCCUUUGUCACCCGGUACCGCCAAACCCGUGACCACCUCCCCAUGACCUUCUUUGGACUCGACCAACAACAACAACAACAACAACAACAACAACAACAACAACAACAACAAGCCCACGACCCAACGGAAUUUUGACUUUGCCGUGGUGUCCUCUCGCCAAAGUCAUUUUUGACAUGGGCUUUGGCUUGAAAAUUUGUGCAUAUUUUCAGUAAAUCGUACGUAAGCG